AUGGCGGGAGAGGAGGAGGACGGACCGGUCGCCGACGCGACCUCGGCCCUGGGCGCGCUGCUGGGCUACCGCGCUUACGCGCGCCGCUGGGUCUUCCUGCUGGUGCUCAGCUUGCUGAACUUCUCCAACGCCACGCUGUGGCUCAGCUUCGCUCCCGUGGCCGACACGAUUGCCCACCACUUCUUCCUCUCCACCGAGCAGAUCAACUGGCUUUCGCUAAUCUACCUUGUGGCGUCCAUCCCGUCCGGCGUGGUGGCCAUCUGGGUUCUGGACUCUGUUGGGCUCCGCUGGGCAACCAUCGUGUGUGCGUGGCUGAACUUUGCUGGGAGUGUGUUCAGAACCCUGCCCUUCCUGUUCGUCGAGAUCCAGGACCCAUUUGCCUUCCUCAUGGCUGGGCAGAGCCUCUGUGCUCUGGCACAGACCCUGGUCAUCUUCUCUCCAGCCAAGCUGGCUGCCUUGUGGUUCCCGGAGCACCAGAGAGCCACAGCCAACAUGAUCGGCACCAUGUCAAACCCCUUGGGCAUCCUGGUGGCCAACUUGCUAUCACCUGCCCUGGUGAAGGAGGAGAAGGAUAUCCCUUUGAUGCUGGGCAUCUAUAUCAUACCUGCUGGCCUCGCCUGUCUCCUGGCCACUGCCUGCCUCUGGGAGAGUGUGCCUCCCAGCCCACCCUCUGCAGGGGCUGCCCACUCCACCUCAGAGAAGUUCCUGGAUGGGUUGAAGCUGCUCUUCCGGAACAGAGCCUAUAUCAUCCUGGCCGUGUGUUUCGGAGGCGGCAUCGGCAUCUUCUCCAGCUUCUCGGUUCUCCUGGAGCAGGUCCUUUGUGUGAAGGGCUACUCCAACGAAUUUGCAGGCCUUUGUGGGGCUCUCUUCAUUAUGUUUGGAGUCCUGGGGGCACUGGUUCUCAGCCUGUAUGUGGACCGGACCAAACAGUUCACUGAAGUUGUCAAGAUUGGCUUCUGUCUGACCUCCAUAGUCUGCGUGGCCUUUGCGCUGGUGUCUCAGCUGCAGGGACAGACCUUGGCACUGGCCGCCAUCUGCUCACUGCUGGGACUCUUUGGCUUCUCAGUGGCGCCCAUCGCCAUGGAGCUGGUGGUCGAGUGCUCCUUCCCUGUAGGUGAGGGUACAGCCGCAGGCCUGGUCAUCGUGCUGGGGCAGGCCGAGGGUUUGCUCAUCAUGGUCCUGCUGACCGCCCUGACUGUGCGUCGUGCAGAGCCGUCUGUCUCCACCUGCCAGGAUGGCCAGGGCCCAUUGGACUGGACAGUGUCCAUGCUGCUGAUGGCUGGCCUGUGCGCCCUCUUCAGCUGUUUCCUGGUGGUGUUCUUCCACACUCGGUACCGGCGGCUACAGGCUGAGGCCCACAUGAGCCACUCCAUCCAGGAGGACACGUCCCCAGAGGCUGUGGAUCAUGAGCCCUGCCCGGCAGCUACGCCCUGAGGCUCCGCGUGGGCACGCCCCCACCACCUCCAGCAUGGACUGUAGGAAGCUCAGGCAGGGGCCACUCAUUCCCAGCUCCGUUCUUCUGGCCCUACCUGCUUGUUUGGGGGAAUCCCUGAGCUGCUGGAGGCCCCAGGACCUGCAGAGAGGUCACAGGGGUCCCUGCAGAGUUCUGGAAGCCAAAAGAGCCAUCAGUGCAUCAAGAAGUGGUCCUGGGGACAUGAAGGGGUGGUCAGGAGGGGUGGGCUCUGGUCCCAGGGUGACAGCAUCCAGCAGGUGCCAGAGGGAUUUGGAGUCCUUGGCACACCCAGAGCAUAGCAGGAUGGCCUAGGGGAGACCCUGUGGCUAGAGCAAGAACUGCUGGAGCAGCCACCGGGCAGGCAGGUGCCCCAGUGGCCAGGCCAGACCCAGGGUGGCUGGUGCAGGAGCCGUGUAUGCGGGAUGGACCUGGCUUGAGAAACAAGGGCUGAGGGGAAGCCUCAUGGAUUGAGAGUCCUGAGGGCCCCUGGCAUGACUGAA